AUGUCGGCCAGUGCAGCGAACACGGCCACAGCGAACCAUGAGAAUGGGAAUGGGACUUUGGCGCUGCAGGAAACGACAAAACCACCUCACCCCAUCCUGUCCAACGAUGACCUGCAAUUCCUUGUUCGCGCAGGGCUGAUGACGCUGCCUAUUCUGACGGGUGCAUCAAUUCUUGUGUUUGGGUUUCAAAGCUGGGUGCUGCAAGGCGCCCUGCCAGCCAUGUGGUUGGCCAACCUUCUCCUCGUGGCCUACUACGUCGACUUUGCCCUCCCGCAAGUGGACUUUGCCAAAGAGACUGUUCUUAUUACCGGAGGUGCGACUGGUCUCGGCAAGACGCUCGCCGACAAGCUGCUGGCACGCGGAGCCAAGGUCGUCGUCCUCACCGACCAUAUUCCGGAGGACUAUGUCACCGCUGAUAACUCUCACGUUAUCGUAUGUGACGUCUCCGACCGCAAAGCAGUGGCAAAGGCCGGCGCCGAAAUCCGGGAGAAGAUCGGGACCCCCACCAUGCUGGUUAACAAUGCUGGUGUCGUGAACGGCAAACUCCUGCUCGACCUGACCGAGGAGGACAUCAUGACCACGUUCAAGGUCAACUCGAUUGCCCCUUUCUGGAUGGUUCAAGAGUUCCUCCCGGACCUGCUUCGCGAACGCAAGGGCCACAUUGUCAACGUCUCCAGUGUCCUCGGGCUCAUCGCUGUUGCCCAGAUGACCGACUACUGCGCCUCCAAGGCCGCCACUGUCGCCAUGCAUGCGUGUCUUCGAAACGAACUGGACUACAGGUACAACACGCCCGAGAUCCGUACAACCCUGGUACUCCCUGGCCACAUCCUCACCGCGAUGUUUGAGAAGACGAUUAUGCCCAGGGAACGCUUGUUCAAGUGGCUGGCUCCAUCUCUCACUGUCGAUGUCGUUGCCGACGCCAUUGUGUCUUCCCUCGAGGGCGGCCCGUUUAGCAAGAACGACACCGUGCUGCGACUGCCAUUCUUUACACACACUGCUCGGCUGCUCAGUCCUACAUCAGCACUUGUCCCUGGACCUAUCCUGAAGCUUGGGCAUUGGUGUUCUGGUGCCGACUGGGCAAUGAAAUCCUAUGGCCCCACUCCGGAUGCCGGGGAGCGACUAGAAUUAGAGAGGGCACAGGCUGGAGACAAGCUGCACCAGGAGUAA